AUGACUUCACUCUGCCCAGAGGAAUUUAAUAUUUCCAUCAUUGAAGAUGGGUUUUCUGCUCGGGAUUUUAUGAACCAAAGAAUUGAGGAGCUGGACAAAGCGGGAAACAGGGAUGCCUUCCACACUGCAGACCUCGACAAUAUCCUGGAGAAACACCUCCGCUGGGUGGAGAACCUUCCGCGGGUUGUUCCCUUCUACGCUGUGAAAUGCAACAACAGUCGCCCAAUCCUGGCCCUGCUGGCUAAUCUAGGGGCAUGUUUUGACUGUGCCAGUCAGUCUGAGAUCCAGCAGAUUUUGUCUCUUGGCGUAACUCCAGAUAGAAUCAUCUAUGCCAACCCCUGCAAGCAGGAGUCUCAUAUCAAAUAUGCCUGCAUCCAUGGAAUCCAGAUGAUGACGUUUGACAGUGAGGAUGAACUCGACAAGAUAUCCAGGUGCCAUGACAACGGAAAACUUGUCCUCCGCAUUGGGGUGGAUGACUCCAGAUCAUUCCUGCGGCUGAACUCCAAGUUUGGGGCACGUCUGCAGGACUGUUGUAGGCUGUUGGAGCGAGCGAGAGAACUGUGUUUGGAGGUGGUCGGUGUCAGUUUCCAUGUAGGCUCCGGCUGCAGAGACCCUCAAGCUUUUAGGGACGCCAUCUCAGCUUCCAGAAGGAUCUUUAACAUGGGGAUUGAGUUGGGCUUCAAAAUGAAUUUGCUGGACAUUGGCGGUGGUUAUCCUGGAAGCAAAACAUUUAACCCGAAGUUUGAAGAGUUUGCUGAUGUCAUCAAAUUUGCCCUGAAUGAUUUUUUUCCGGAUGACACUGGGGUUCAGGUCAUCGCUGAGCCGGGGAGAUAUUACGUGGCAUCUGCCUGCACAUUAGCUGUCAAUGUGAUUGGCAAAAAAGUCCUCACAGACAAAUCUUCUAACAAAAACGCUGAUGACGACGACAUCCGAGCUGAGAGAAUCAUCAUGUACUAUGUCAAUGACGGCAUUUACGGGUCCUUCAACUGCAUUCUUUUUGAAUACGAGUUAUGCUUCCUCACCUGUUGGAAGAAACAAGUGCUCAGUGGUCACAAAUACCCCUCCAUCAUCUGGGGUCAAACCUGUGAUAGUCUGGACAACCUUGUCGAGCACUGUGUUCUUCCUGAGCUGGAGACUGGUGAUUGGCUAUUGGUCGAUGAGAUGGGGGCGUACACCAGUGUUGUGGCCACCAAAUUUAAUGGCUUCAAGGAAGCAGACACCCAUUUUGUGAUGACACAAGCAUCGUGUUUUAAAGUAAUCAAUGGCGUGAGGGGAAUUGGUCCUCUGAACCAAUCAAAGCGGGCAGGUAAUGUUAGGCCCUCCUUCAACAAGAGCGGGGCGCGCCGGCAGCAACAGCGUCAGCAGCAGCACUAA